UCGGCGGCCGCCGUAGGAGCCGCGCUCUGAUCCCCAUGGCAACAGUGAGAAGCAGAGGGAGGUUUCUGGUUGGAGCAGUCUCCGCGGCCGAGCGGACCCAGCUCGGCGCAGAAUCCGUGAACCGCCCACGGCCUCGAGGCUCCUGAACUGACCUGCGCUGUCCUGCCCCAUGGACGCCUCCUCUAGCCCCUGGAAUCCAACCCCGGCUCCUGUCAGCACUCCUCCCCUGCUGCUCCCCAUCCCUGCCAUCGUCUUCAUCGCUGUGGGCAUCUAUUUGUCGCUGCUGGGCCUAGUGCUGCUGACUAGGCACUGCCUGCUGGCCCAGGGCUGCUGCACAGCCUGCAGCUCCCCCUGCAGGAAGCAAGGUGUCUCUGGGCCCCAAGACUGUUGCUGGACCUGUGCAGAAGCCUGUGACUUCCCUCUGCCUGGCCCAGCCCACUGCCUGGAUGCCUGCUGCCUCCAGCCCACCGAAGCUGGUUGGGCCCCUUGCUGCCCUCGCUGCUGUCCACUCUGCGACUGUGCCUGUGCGUGCCAACUUCCUGACUGCCAGAGCCUCAACUGUCUCUGCUUUGAGAUCAAGCUCCGAUGAGGACCCAGAGUCCUUGCCCUUUGGGGAGAGGCCAGCCCCCAGGGCCCGCAUGACCUCUUUCCUGAGAGGCCUCAGGACAGUUUUCUCCAGGCCACUGGAACCACAAAUGACCUGUCCAGCUCACCAGCCUGGGAACCAGCCGU